ACUUCUUGCGGGUAAAAUUCGUGGGAUUCGAUUUUGGGUGAUUUAGUUUUUUGUCCAGUUGCUCAUACCAGCCCCUUUUUCUCAUUCCGCGGCCGACGCUCUGUAUCCUGCGCGCUCCCUCUCUUUCUGUGCUGCUGCUGCUCUCUGCCGCAUCCGCCGACCAGAUCGUGCUCUGAGGCACCAAUUUCGUCCUUUACAGGAGAUCAGCUUACGGCUGCAUCAGAUCGUGGAAUAAGAGCUGGUUGCGAUCCACAUUACCAUCUUAUCCCUCGAGUGUCGCAUCUUGCAAGUUGUUGAUUCUCUAGAUCUUGAAAAAUCAUGUUUCUAAAGCAUGAUAAGAACCAGCAAGGUUGUUUUGUUGCUUACUUUAUAUCUGAAGUCUGAAAAUGGACAAAGACAUCGCAUGUUCAUUCUCUUCAAGAGCAAUCCAUAGACCAGAAAGAAGUAAUCGUGGUCAAAGGGUAGCAGAUGAUGAAUACGGCCUUCUUUUGUCUGAUAGGAGCUUUCAAGAGUCUUCACUAAAACCUUUUUGGAAGAAGCGUUCUAUACGACUAGUCCUUGCUGCUGGAAUAUUAUGGAUAUUUUUAAUGCUUGUUGUGUUAUUAUUUCAAGUCUGGUCCUGCCAAUUGACAGUGGUGUCUUUUCCAGGUCUAUGUAGAAAAGAUGGACAGGUAUAUCAUAUGUUGGAUGCAGUGGGACUUAUACAAAAGCCAAUACAUCGUUGCCCUAUCCCUCUUGCUGAUGAUCCUAGUAGCGUAGCUAUUCCAGAGAAGAGGAAUUAUGAUGACAUUCCUCAAAAGCUGUCUUUUUUUGUGGAAGAUGAAUUUGUAGACUCUGACUCUCAGAAUCAACCUUUAUUUGGAGGACAUGAGAGCUGGAAACAGAGAAAUGAAUCCUUUAAACUAAACACAACAAUGAAGGUGCAUUGUGGCUUUAUGAAAAAUGGAGGCGCAGAUAUGGAUCCUGUAGAUAUCAAGUUUGUCAAGGGAUGCAACUAUGUUGUGGCCUCAGGCAUAUUUGAUGGCUAUGAUAUACCCCAUCAACCUUCCAAUAUAAGUAGGAGAUCACAAAAGCUCUUUUGUUUUCUUAUGGUCAUUGAUGAGACAACCCUUGCUCAUAUUAGGGCAAAUGGCAGCAUCAAGGAGGAGAAUGAUGGGGGAAAAUGGGUUGGUAUUUGGCGCCUUGUGACACUGCACAAGCUCCCAUAUGAUGAACCAAGAAGGAAUGGGAAGGUUCCUAAAAUAUUGACACACAGGUUGUUUCCACAAGCAAGAUAUAGUAUUUGGAUCGAUGGAAAAAUGGAGCUUAUAGUUGAUCCCUUGCUCAUUUUGGAAAGGUAUCUGUGGCGUGGUGGUUAUACUUUUGCAAUAGCUCAGCACAAACAUCACAAGAGUAUAUAUGAAGAGGCUGAUGCCAACAAAAGAAGGAAACGAUAUGCUCGACCGCUUAUUGAUCUGCACAUGAAAAUCUAUGUAUACGAAGGAAUGAAACCAUGGAGUUCCAAGAAGAAAACUGUCAGUGAUGUUCCUGAAGGAGCCAUCAUCAUUCGUGAGCACACACCUUUGAACAAUCUUUUUUGCUGCUUGUGGUUCAAUGAGGUGCACAUGUUCACUCCAAGAGACCAGCUAAGUUUUGGUUAUGUUGUUUACAGGUUAGGAGACCAUUUCAAGUUUCAUAUGUUCCCCAAUUGUGAAUAUAACUCCUUAUUCAUAUUGCACAAACACACGAGAGAACAUUCUUCCAAGGUUGAAUGGGUCAAAUCAUUGAGUGAAUUCAAGGGGAAUAAUAGUGGGUUGAGAGAAACCAAGGGAGGAUUGGGCCUUUGGACUCCUUAUCCUGGGAACCUAGAUAUAGUGGAAAUUCCACCUGUUUCAAGGGUUUCAGAGCAUUCAAGAUAGAAAUAAAUUAUAUGGUUAUUUUGGUGGACUCUCGUCUGCUUCUCACCUUUUGCAUAAAUGGUUAAAAGAAGUAUUUGGCCAUAAA